CUUUACAGUGCUCAGCAAACAUGAUCAACGUCUUUAUUUUGUUUUGCGCCCUUACAGCGGGUUGCUAUGCAGCCGUGGACAAAACUACCCCAAGUCAUUUCCAAUGUGACCUAGACAGCGAAUGCAACCCCACUCAAUGCUGCUCCAAGAUACCCAGGUUUCUGGUGGUGAGCAAGAAAAGACAGUUGUCUCCCCCUAUCAGCAUGUUUGUCAGUGCAUCUUGCAAGCCAUACAUUCAACUGAAUGAGUCAUGCAUUUAUGUCAUGAAAAUCAAUGGGGACUGCGGCUGCGCACCGGAUCUUGUUUGUAAAUACUUCCCGGAAUUGGACGCAUUCAACCCGAUAAACAUUAAAUUGCCAACACCUCCAGCCAUGCUUCAAACCCUUGCUCCAAGCAAACGAAUGAUGAUCAAUGCUAGUCCCGAAUCAUAUAAAUGUGUACCCAAAACUACAUAAAAAGAUGGAAAUGUGA